AUGGCCGACAGAACAGAUGGCAUUCAGGAACAGCAGCAGCAACAGCAGCCCUCGGCACUGCUGGUGCUAACACAGCACAGCGAAACAGGGAGGACAAUUUCAGCCUCCCAGCAAUGUCACUCCAGAGAAGCCAGCAAUCAUCCGUCCGAAUAUGUCGAACAGCAGCAGCGCACCAGCACGGCCAUCUUUUAUUCUUUUGGCUCUGGUCACUUCGAAUUCGGGCGCAUUUACUUCCUCUUGCUUGUAUUUUCGGAUCUGUUUCAACUGGUACAGCUGAAAAUCAGUUGUUGGUCUGUAGUCGAUGAGACGUAG